AUGACGAAAAGCACAGUCAAAGAAAGUUUUAUGUAUUCGACUCUACCUCACAGUGAAUUGCAGUCUCAUACACUAAAGUGUGAACGGGCUGCGCCGAACAACAGUCUGGCCUCUUCAAGGCUCGGUGUGCUUUGCAUACGCGUAGGUGGAUGGUGGGAACGUUCAAGCCUCAUAGAGGCGUUUAUUUGA